AUGAUCACCGAAGCUGGCAUUAUCGGAAAAAUUGGUUUCAACGAACUAGGUGUUGGCGUGUGUCUAAAUGCCAUCAAAGCGCCCGGCUGUGACCCUUCCCGUCUUCCAGUUCAUCUUGCUCUUCGAUCAGUGCUCGAUAGCCCAUCGGCCGAUGAUGCCGUUCAGCAACUUAAAGACGCCGGAAUAGCUGCUUCCGCGCACAUACUCAUCGCAGACAAAGACAAAGCCAUCGGACUAGAGUCUACAUCAGAGACUAUCCGACUGAUCGAAAUGGACGCACAGAGUCGUAUCUUUCACGCAAACCACUUGCUAUUGCCACAUGACGGCCCUGUGGAGGCUGGCUGGCUGGUCGACUCACCUUUCCGCCAGCAACGUAUUGAGAGACUAGCUUCAGAACUGGACCGGCAGCCAAGUUUGACAGAUAUCACGCGCAUUUUGGAUGACCAUGACGGAUACCCGCAUUCCAUCUGUCGUUACGAAGAAGGUCCUUUGGGGAUGGAUGCCACAUUGUUCAGCAUCGUUAUGGAACUUCGGGGUGGAACUGCAAAGGUAUCGCUAGGGAGACCUUGUCAACCGGAAGAGAUAGUAACACUAGAUUUUGAAUGA